GCCGGAGUCCGGGAGCCCGAGACUGCGAGCGGCGGAGCCGAGACGGCGGCGGCGGCGCCCGUGGGAUGCGGGGAUCGCGCCCCCCACGCCGCUGAGCCCUCGCCCGGAGCCCCGCGCCGAGCCGCGUCCGUGCCGAGCAGCAGCCGCCCUCCCGGGGCCCCGGCCGGGGACCCGCAGCUUCCCCCCAGGCAGCCGCCGGAGGCCGGAGGACCGCCUGGGCCCCAGAAGCAGGAUGAGAAGAUGGCAGACUUCCUGUUACCUCGGGGCCCCAGCAGCUUCCACAGGUUCACCCGGGAGUCCCUGGCGGCCAUCGAGAAGCGCAUGGCGGAGAAGCAGGCCCGGGGCUCGGCCACCCUGCAGGAGAGCCGGGACGGGCUGCCCGAGGAGGAGGCUCUCCAGCCCCAGCUGGACCUGCAGGCCUCGAAAAAGCUGCCAGAUCUCUACGGCACCCCACCCCGAGAGCUCCUCGGGGAGCCCCUGGAGGACUUGGACCCCUACUAUAGCACCCAGAAGACCUUCAUCGUGCUGAACAAAGGCAAGACCAUCUUCCGGUUCAGCGCCACCAACGCCUUGUACAUCCUCAGCCCGUUCCACCCCGUCCGGAGAGCGGCCGUGAAGAUCCUGGUUCAUUCGCUCUUCAGCAUGCUCAUCAUGUGCACCAUCCUGACCAACUGCGUGUUCAUGGCCCAGCACGACCCUCCGUCCUGGACCAAGUAUGUCGAGUACACCUUCACUGCCAUUUACACCUUCGAGUCUCUGGUCAAGAUACUGGCCCGAGGCUUCUGCCUGCAUGCGUUCACCUUCCUUCGGGACCCGUGGAACUGGCUGGACUUCAGCGUGAUUAUCAUGGCAUACACCACUGAAUUUGUGGACCUGGGCAAUGUCUCAGCUUUACGCACCUUCCGAGUCCUCCGGGCCCUGAAAACUAUAUCAGUCAUUUCAGGCCUGAAGACCAUCGUGGGGGCGCUGAUCCAGUCCAUGAAGAAGCUGGCCGACGUGAUGGUCCUCACCGUCUUCUGCCUCAGCGUCUUCGCCCUCAUCGGCCUGCAGCUCUUCAUGGGCAACCUGAGGCACAAGUGCGUGCGCAACUUCACGGAGCUCAACGGCACCAACGGCUCCGUGGAGGCCGGCGGCCAGGUCUGGGACUCGCUGGACCUCUACCUCAAUGACCCAGAGAAUUAUAUGCUCAAGAACGGCACCAGCGACGUGCUGCUGUGCGGGAACAGCUCUGACGCCGGGACGUGUCCCGAGGGCUACCGGUGCCUGAAGGCAGGCGAGAACCCUGACCACGGCUACACCAACUUCGACUCCUUCGCCUGGGCCUUCCUGGCGCUCUUCCGCCUGAUGACGCAGGACUGCUGGGAGCGACUCUACCAGCAGACCCUGAGGUCCGCAGGGAAGAUCUACAUGAUCUUCUUCAUGCUCGUCAUCUUCCUGGGCUCCUUCUACCUGGUGAACCUGAUCCUGGCGGUGGUCGCCAUGGCCUACGAGGAGCAAAACCAAGCCACCAUCGCUGAGACGGAGGAGAAGGAAAAGCGAUUCCAGGAGGCCAUGGAGAUGCUCAAGAAAGAGCAGGAGGCCCUCACCCUCAGGGGCAUGGACAGCGUGUCCCGCAGCUCCGUGGAGAUGUCCCCUCUGGCCCCAGGCUCCACCCAUGAGAAAAGGAGCAAGAGGAGAAAACGGACGUCUUCGGGGACCGAGGAGUGUGGGGAUGACAGGCUCCCCAAGUCGGACUCGGAGGACGGCCCCAGAGCCAUGAACCACCUCGGCCUCGCCCAGGGCCUCCACAGGACCUCCGUGAAGUCACGCUCCCGCCGAGGGAGCAUUUUCACCUUCCGCCGGCGAGAUAUGGGGUCGGAGACGGACUUCGCCGACGACGAGAACAGCACGGCGGGCGACAGCGAGAGCCACCGCACGUCCCUGCUGGUGCCCUGGUCCCUGCGCCGGCCCAGCGCCCAGGCACAGCCCGGCCCCGGGACCUCCGCGCCCGGCCGCGCCCUCAAUGGCAAAAGGAACAGCACCAUAGACUGCAAUGGGGUGGUCUCCCUGCUGGGGGCAGGCGACCCUGAGGCCGCCUCCCCCGGGAGCUACCUCCUCCGCCCCACGAUGCUGGAGCGCCCCCCAGACACGACCACCCCGUCCGAGGAGCCAGGCAGGCCCCAGAUGCUGACCCCCUCAACUCCGUGUGUGGAUGGCUUCGAGGCGCCAGGAGAGCGGCAGCGGGCCCUCAGCGCCGUCAGCAUCCUCACCAGUGCCCUGGAAGAGCUGGAGGAGUCUCACCGCAAGUGCCCGCCAUGCUGGAACCACUUCGCCCAGCGCUACCUGAUCUGGGAUUGCUGCCCGCUGUGGAUGUCUAUCAAGCAGAAAGUGAAGGUCAUGGUCAUGGACCCCUUUGCCGACCUCACCAUCACCAUGUGCAUUGUGCUGAACACGCUGUUCAUGGCCCUGGAGCACUACAACAUGACGACGGAGUUCGAGGAGAUGCUGCAAGUUGGAAACCUGGUCUUCACGGGGAUCUUCACUGCCGAGAUGACCUUCAAGAUCAUCGCCCUCGACCCCUACUACUACUUCCAGCAGGGCUGGAACAUCUUCGACAGCAUCAUCGUCAUCCUCAGCCUCAUGGAGCUGGGCCUGUCCAGCAUGGGCAACCUGUCGGUGCUGCGCUCCUUCCGCCUGCUGCGGGUCUUCAAGCUGGCCAAAUCCUGGCCCACGCUGAACACGCUCAUCAAGAUCAUCGGGAACUCGGUGGGGGCACUGGGGAACCUGACGCUGGUGCUGGCCAUCAUCGUGUUCAUCUUCGCCGUGGUGGGCAUGCAGCUCUUCGGCAAAAACUACUCAGAGCUGAGGCACCGCAUCAGCGAACCAGGCCUGCUGCCCCGCUGGCACAUGAUGGACUUCUUCCACGCCUUCCUCAUUAUCUUCCGCAUCCUCUGUGGCGAGUGGAUCGAGACCAUGUGGGACUGCAUGGAGGUGUCUGGGCAGUCCCUGUGCCUGCUGGUCUUCUUGCUUGUCAUGGUCAUUGGCAACCUUGUGGUCCUGAACCUCUUCCUGGCGCUGCUGCUCAGCUCCUUCAGCGCCGACAACCUCACGGCGCCGGACGAGGACGGGGAGAUGAACAACCUGCAGCUGGCCCUGGCCCGCAUCCAGCGGGGCCUGCGCUUCCUCAAGCGCACCAUCUGGGACUUCUGCUGCGGGCUCCGGCGGCGGCGGCCCCCCCCGAAGCCUGCCCUUGCCCUCGCCCUCGCCCCCCGGGCCCAGCUGCCCAGCUGCAUUGCCACCUCCAGCCCCCCGCCGCCCGCAGAGCUGGAGAAGGCACCUCCGGCCCGCAAGGAGACGCGGUUUGAGGAAGGCAAGCGGCCAGGCCAGGGCACCCCGGGGGACCCGGAGCCCGUGUGUGUGCCCAUCGCCGUGGCCGAGUCAGACACGGAGGACCAAGAGGAGGACGAGGAGGAGAACAGCCUGGGCACCGAGGAGGAGUCCAGCAAGCAGCAGGAGCCCCCGCCCGCGUCCAGCAGCCCAGAGGCCCCUCCGGAGCCCGGGGCCUGGAGCCAGGUGUCUGAGACCGCCUCCUCCGAGGCCGAGGCCGGCGCGGCCCAGGCGGGCAGGCGGCAGCAGCGGGAAGCGGAGCCCCGGACCCAGGGGUGCCGCGAGACCCACGAGGACAGUUACUCCGAGGGGAGCACAGCGGACAUGACCAACACCGCCGACCUCCUGGAGCAGAUCCCUGACCUCGGCGAGGACGACAAGGACCCGGAGGACUGCUUCACCGAAGGCUGUGUCCGGCGCUGUCCCUGCUGCACCGUGGACACCACGCAGGCCCCGGGGAAAGUCUGGUGGCGGCUGCGCAAGACCUGCUACCGCAUCGUGGAGCACAGCUGGUUCGAGAGCUUCAUCAUCUUCAUGAUCCUGCUCAGCAGCGGAGCGCUGGCUUUCGAGGACAUCUACCUGGAGGAGCGGAAGACCAUCAAGGUCCUGCUCGAAUACGCCGACAAGAUGUUCACCUACGUGUUCGUGCUGGAGAUGCUGCUCAAGUGGGUGGCCUACGGCUUCAAGAAGUACUUCACCAACGCCUGGUGCUGGCUGGACUUCCUCAUCGUGGACGUCUCGCUGAUCAGCCUGGUGGCCAGCACGCUGGGCUUCUCGGAGAUGGGCCCCAUCAAGUCGCUGCGGACGCUGCGGGCGCUGCGGCCCCUGCGAGCCCUGUCCCGAUUCGAGGGCAUGAGGGUGGUGGUCAAUGCCCUGGUGGGCGCCAUCCCGUCCAUCAUGAACGUCCUCCUCGUCUGCCUCAUCUUCUGGCUCAUCUUCAGCAUCAUGGGCGUGAACCUCUUCGCGGGGAAGUUUGGGAGGUGCAUCAACCAGACGGAGGGGGACACGCCUUUGAACUACACCCUCGUGAACAACAAGAGCGACUGUGAGUCGUUCAACGUGACCGGCGAGUUGUACUGGACCAAGGUCAAAGUCAACUUCGACAACGUGGGGGCCGGCUACCUGGCCCUGCUGCAGGUGGCAACAUUUAAGGGCUGGAUGGACAUUAUGUACGCGGCUGUGGACUCCAGGGGGUAUGAAGAGCAGCCCCAGUGGGAAUACAACCUCUACAUGUACAUCUACUUUGUCGUGUUCAUCAUCUUCGGAUCCUUCUUCACCCUGAACCUCUUCAUCGGCGUCAUCAUCGACAACUUCAACCAACAGAAGAAAAAGUUAGGGGGCCAGGACAUCUUCAUGACGGAGGAGCAGAAGAAGUACUACAAUGCCAUGAAGAAGCUGGGUUCCAAGAAGCCCCAGAAGCCCAUCCCCCGGCCCCUGAACAAGUACCAGGGCUUCGUCUUCGACAUCGUGACCAAGCAGGCCUUCGACGUCACCAUCAUGUUCCUCAUCUGCUUGAACAUGGUGACCAUGAUGGUGGAGACCGACGACCAGAGCUUGGAGAAGAUCAACAUCCUGGGCAAGGUCAACCUGCUCUUCGUCGUCAUCUUCACGAGCGAGUGUAUCAUCAAGAUGGGCGCCUUGCGGCACUAUUACUUCACCAACAGCUGGAACAUCUUCGACUUCGUGGUUGUCAUCCUCUCCAUCGUGGGCACCGUGCUCUCGGACAUCAUCCAGCAGUACUUCUUCUCCCCAACGCUCUUCCGAGUCAUCCGCCUGGCCCGCAUCGGCCGCAUCCUCAGGCUGAUCCGUGGGGCCAAGGGGAUCCGCACGCUGCUCUUCGCCCUCAUGAUGUCCCUGCCCGCCCUCUUCAACAUCGGGCUGCUGCUCUUCCUCGUCAUGUUCAUCUACUCCAUCUUCGGCAUGGCCAACUUCGCCUACGUCAAGUGGGAGGCAGGCAUCGACGACAUGUUCAACUUCCAGACCUUCGCCAACAGCAUGCUGUGCCUCUUCCAGAUCACCACGUCGGCCGGCUGGGACGGCCUCCUCAACCCCAUCCUCAACACGGGGCCCCCCUUCUGCGACCCCAAUCUGCCCAACAGCAACGGCUCCCGGGGGAACUGCGGGAGCCCAGCCGUGGGCAUCAUGUUCUUCACCACCUACAUCAUCAUCUCCUUCCUCAUCGUGGUCAACAUGUACAUCGCCAUCAUCCUGGAGAACUUCAGCGUGGCCACGGAGGAGAGCACCGAGCCCCUGAGCGAGGACGACUUCGACAUGUUCUACGAGAUCUGGGAGAAGUUCGACCCGGAGGCCACCCAGUUCAUCGAGUACACGGCCCUGUCCGACUUCGCCGACGCCCUGUCCGAGCCGCUGCGGAUCGCCAAGCCCAACCAGAUCAGCCUCAUCAACAUGGACCUGCCCAUGGUGAGCGGCGACCGCAUCCACUGCAUGGACAUCCUCUUCGCCUUCACCAAGAGGGUCCUGGGGGAGUCCGGGGAGAUGGACGCCCUGAAGAUCCAGAUGGAGGAGAAGUUCAUGGCGGCCAACCCGUCCAAGAUCUCCUACGAGCCCAUCACCACCACGCUCCGGCGCAAGCACGAGGAGGUGUCUGCCACCGUCAUCCAGCGGGCCUUCCGGAGGCACCUGCUGCAGCGCUCCAUGAAGCACGCCUCCUUCCUCUUCCGCCAGCAGGCGGGCCUCUCCGGGGAGGAUGCCCCCGAGCGAGCGGGCCUCCUCGCCUACAGGAUGAACGAGAGCUUCUCCCAGCGCCUGGGCCCGCCCUCCAGCUCCUCCAUCUCUUCCACCUCCUUUCCCCCUUCCUAUGACAGUGUCACCAGGGCCACCAGCGACAACCUCCAGGUGCGGGUGUCUGACUACAGCCGCAGCGAAGAUCUCGCGGAUUUCCCCGUGUCCCCCGACAGGGACCGAGAGUCUAUCGUGUGAGCCUGGCCCAGGCUGGCCAAGACACCCCGAAAGGCAGCCUGUUGCCUCGAGGCAGCCACAAGCCAGCACCCGCUGGGCCUUCCUUGCCUGGGGCUUCAGGGGUGAGAGAUGAGCCUCAGCCCCGUGGGUCGACAAGGCAGAGUUCGAUGGCGCCCGCGUGGAUGGCCGGGAGCAGUUGGCCAAGCCAACCGCUCGGGACGGCCUGUCCCUGGAGACCCUCAACUCCCACCAGUGGCCUGGUCUGGUCAGGCGACACCCCGGGGCUCCGAAAAGCAACCCCGCCCCAGCUGCUGCGGCACAGUAGAACACGGAGACUGUCUAUGUUGUGAAUGGCUUUCAUAAAUUUAUUAUAUUUGAUAUUUUUUUACUUGAGCAAAGAACCAACGUUGUCCCCCGUGGACCUGGGCAACGACUCACACCGCCCUUCCAAACUCUGAGCGGGGGUGUGCGGCUGCUGGAACUCUGUUCUCCAAGCAGAAGUGGGAUCGGUGUGGCUCCCACAGGCCUUCCCUGCAGCAAGGGGGUCCCCUGCCGCUCGGGCUGCAGAACCAGGAGGGCUGAGCCCCUCUUCUCACACACAUGUGCGCACACAGGCCACACACCAGCUGCUCUCAGACGAGGGCCAGGUAGCUCCCCCUGGCCCAGCCCCAAGGAGACAGACCUUUCCUCCCAGCCCCACGGUGGGCGUCUUGUCGGCGGGGACUCCACCUGGCCUUCCGUUGUCCCCAAGGUCCUGUGUUCCCCUGUGUUUAGGCAGGACCCAGUAGGACACUCUGAAAAGCAGCCGAGUAGGGUCAGUUCUACAAAAGCGAAAGGCUUCUGGGAGAGAGUUGCCUGGGUCCCAGGGCUGGUCCUGGGGGCUGAAGCUUGGCCUCUGUAAGAGUAUUAACGUAAAAUGGGCGGGCCUGAGGGAGCCGGCCCACCCUCCGCCUGGCACCCAGCUGUUCUUGCUCCCGAGCCUGGCAGAUCCUGCCUCAGGCUGGGUACACAGGCUGAGCACCGUGGGGUUGGGCCUAAGAAGCUCAACAGCCCUUCAUCCAUGUGAAGAGGGAAACUCUGUUCUCUUUCCGGACUUCCUCCCUCUAUCCAUGGGGCUGAGGGGAUGCCUGUGUGGUCCCAGCUCCUCUCCAAACGCAGCCGCGUGGGAGUGGGAAGGCAGCCUGGGUCCUAGGCAGGGUUGAGCAGGCUCGUUCCCGUGCCCUGGGAGGGGAAUGAACCAUGGGACCCCUUGGGAAGGGGACAGUGUGGCCUUGGCCCAGCCCCUCCGGCUCAGCUUGGGGUCCUGGUGGCACCUGCACACAGGACCUCCUGCGGGGAGGGAGGGUCCAGGCUGUCCCACAGGUCUUGUCGGAAGGCUUUUUCAGGGAAAAACACUUUUUCUAACCCAGUAACCCCCCGGGGGGCCUCUUCAGCUGCUGACAAUCCUAUUUAGCAUAUGCAAAUCUUUUCCUGUGGGGAGCUGUCACCCUGUGAGUGACAGCGUUGGCAAGUGGGCGGAGCCUGAGCAGGCCGGCGCUGGGCCCCUGCUUCCAGCUCGCCAGCAAGGCCGCCCCCCCCCCUCCGCGGGGCAUCCAACCUCACAGCCGCCUCUCGGCCGCCCGGGAAGCCAGACACGGGCUGCUCCCAACCUACCUCUCCGAGCUGUCAGAGGGCUGGACGUUCUGAGCUCCUGGCACUGCCGGUGGCGUUGCCAGGGAGUCAAGUAUUACAAUUCUCCUUGCCACCCCGGCCCAACCCCACUGCACUCCAGUGGUUUCCCUUCUCCCUCACCCCCUGUCCCCUUUGCGCCCAGCGCGGGACCAGGUUUGAACUGUCCCAGCGACACUUCUCCGGGUGGAAAUCUUAUUUUUGUAGUUCCCUGUGCUUGGCUCUCGGCCUCCCUCCCUGCACUCCACACCAUGCACGGGCGGGAAUGCGGCCGGGGCGGCGCCGGCUGCCAGCCCAGCUGCCGGAAGGAGCCUGUGGGGUUGGGUGGCCAGCCCAGAGCCCGAGACAGGUGCCCGGGGCUGGCCGCUGGCAGCGCCAGGAGCUGCGGACAGGGUGGUCACGGGCAGGGAUUGGCGAGGCAUGACUCCUUAGCUUUUUUCCUUCUUUUUCUAGAACUGCACAAUGGCCGGCAGGAAGGGAGAGGAGGGUAGGAAAAGGGAGGGAGGGACGAGGGUCAGGUGCCAGCUGUUGUCUGAACUAACCGAGCACUUCUCACCAAACUUUGUGUGUAAAUAAGA